AUGCUCUCGCUCCUGCCGGCUGUCGCCAGCGGCGCCUCGUACACCUCCACGCUCAUAGGCACGUCGUCGCGCGUCCGGCUCGACAUCGGGCUCGAGCGAGGGUCGUGGAUGCCGAAGAACAUCAAAGGCUGGGGUGGGUCGGGCGCGAGGGUGGUUGUGUCGGCGCUGGUGGACUUCGAGGCCGAGCCCGCAAAUGAGGCAGAGGAGCUCGUGGGACCACGCAGUCAGACGCGCGUGCUAAACGCGAGAGGUGGCGGCAAGAUAGUGACGUUUGACGGCGAGCAGGCGGUCGACUUCACAUCAGGCGGGUGGUGCGUGCAGCGGCCGCUUGGCGCGCAAGCAGGCUCGGACGAGGGCGGCUCGAGCUCGGGCGAAACGAGGAGCGACGUCCAUUUCUGGUACCUCGAGCCCAGUGCGCACUGUGGGAACGUGAUCAUGCGAGUGCCGGUCCGCUGGACGAGCUCGACCACCUCGGGGACGAGCCACAGCGGCGCGUGCGACGCGAACUUCGCCUGA